CACUCACACCCAUACACACACACUUAUCCCACCACCACCACCACCACCAGCAACACUCCAAGGGAGAGAAAGCAAAGGAUCAAAGCCCAGGUGGCCACUGUCGUUCUCUGCCAUCCCUCUGAGCCUUUUACCGGCAGGGAUAGCGGCAUAGAUUCUCCUCCUCCCCUGAAGACACUUCAGCCUUCAAGAAUCUCCCCUGCAGCAGCAGCAGCAGCAGCAGGAGGAGGAGGAGGAGGAGGAGGAGGUGGAGGUGGGGGCCUUCCGAAAAGCAGUCGAGGAUCCUUGCCAUUCGGAGUCCCGAGGAUUAUACAUACGGGAAUCCUAUGCUACUAUUUAGACGCUAAAAGGGCUUUAUCCAAAGUGGGGGGAAGAGUCCCAUUUAAGUACCACUGUGCACACAAAAAAUACCCUUUGGAUUCUUGAGAAGAGGAAGGGGGAGUUUCAAGAGCAUGGCAUCUCCGGAAGGGGCACUGAUGGAAGACAAGAGCUGGCCAAACCACCAUCUAACCAGUGUAUGAAGGGACCAUAGAAAAUGAAGGGAUUUCCAGAGAUCAGUGCCAACAAUAUGCCUAAGCAGGUUGAGGUGCGAAUGCUUGAAAGCCACCUGAUCUCUGAGGAGCCCAAGCACAAAAACCUGUGCUUAAGAUUUUGUGACACCCUCCGAAGAAACCUCCUACUUUCUCUCACAGUAUUUGGUGUCAUUCUGGGAGCGGUAUGUGGCGGUCUUCUUCGCUUGGCAACACCUAUUCACCCAGAUGUGGUCAUGUUAAUAGCCUUCCCUGGAGACAUCCUCAUGAGGAUGCUAAAAAUGUUGAUUCUCCCCUUAAUCAUCUCCAGUUUAAUCACAGGACUCUCAGGCUUGGAUGCUAAAGCAAGUGGCCGGUUGGGGACGAGAGCCAUGGUUUAUUAUAUGUCUACCACUAUCAUUGCUGCUGUGCUGGGCGUUAUUCUGGUGUUAGCCAUCCACCCAGGAAAUCCCAAACUCAAGAAGGAGCUGGGACCAGGGAAGAAGAAUGAUGAAGUGUCCAGUUUGGAUGCCUUUCUAGACCUUAUCCGAAACUUGUUCCCAGAAAAUCUUGUUCAAGCUUGUUUCCAACAGAUCCAGACUGUGACAAAGAAAGUUCUGGCUGCUCCUGAGCCCAAGGAGGCUAAUACUACCAGCUCUAUCAUUUCCCUGCUGAACGAGACAGCGACUGAGGUCCCAGAGGAAGCCCAACUGAUGAUCAAGAAGGGACUCGAGUUUAAGGAUGGGAUGAAUGUCCUAGGCUUGAUAGGCUUUUUCAUUGCUUUUGGCAUUGCCAUGGGAAAGAUGGGGGAACAAGCCAAACUAAUGGUGGAAUUCUUCAACAUCCUGAAUGAGAUUGUAAUGAAGUUAGUGACUAUGAUCAUGUGGUAUUCUCCCUUGGGUAUUGCCUGCCUCAUAUGUGGAAAAAUCAUUGCAAUCAAAGACUUGGAAGUGGUUGCUAGGCAACUGGGAAUGUACAUGGUCACAGUCAUCGUGGGUCUCAUCAUCCAUGGAGGCAUCUUCCUGCCCUUACUUUACUUCGUAGUGACCAGAAAAAGCCCUUUCACCUUUCUUGCUGGCAUUUUCCAGGCAUGGAUCACUGCUCUGGGCACCGCUUCCAGUGCUGGAACCUUACCCGUCACCUUUCGCUGCCUGGAGGAAAACCUGGGAAUCGAUAAGCGGGUAACCAGAUUUGUCCUCCCAGUUGGAGCCACCAUUAACAUGGAUGGAACAGCUCUUUAUGAGGCUGUGGCAGCCAUCUUUAUUGCCCAGAUGAAUGGAGUGGUACUGGAUGGGGGACAGAUUGUGACCGUAAGUUUGACAGCCACCCUGGCCAGCGUUGGAGCCGCCAGCAUACCCAGUGCUGGACUGGUCACCAUGCUUCUAAUUCUUACAGCAGUGGGCCUCCCUACUCAGGAUAUCAGUUUGCUCGUUGCAGUUGAUUGGCUGCUGGACAGAAUGAGAACCUCGGUGAAUGUGGUGGGUGACUCCUUUGGUGCUGGCAUUGUCUACCACCUAUCCAAGGCAGAGUUGGACAGCAUUGAUGCCCAUCACAAAGGCCAAGAAGACAUCGAAAUGACCAAGACACAGUCAAUUUUUGAUGACAUGAAAAACCAUAGGGAAAACAACUCUAAUCAAUGUGUUUAUGCAGCACACAACUCUGUCAUAGUAGAUGAGUGCAAGGUAACACUGGCAACCAAUGGCAAAUCGGCGGACUUCAAUGUUGUUGAAGAAGAGCCCUGGAAGCAGGAAAACUAGGAGAAAGACUCCCAGCUCCAUCUUUAAUUAACUCCCCGAAGCUAUCUUAUGGUAAAAGAUGAUGUAAAGAUUAAACAAACUUUCUUAAAAAAGCAAUCCUACUUACCUGAGAUGUAGAGGAAUUAUGAAAAAGCAGUCAUUGUAGGUAAAUUGUCUUUGCCAAAUAACGGUUUAUAACCCCUAACUAUCUCCCUUGUAUUAUUGUUUGAGUGGAUGCAACUGGAGGAUAUGGUUUAAAUUAAAGGCAAAAUCUCACCAGGCUUCCCUUUCCCUCAAGAUGCAGAAUGCAAAGUCUAUUUCCACAGAUGAAAGAUGAAAACAUCACUAAUUCGGUGAGACUUGCUCCAAGGACUCAGGGCAACAAAGAAACACACAGUAUAUACUAUUCUUUAAAGUAUUUUCACUUCCUCAUCUGGUUAAUCACAAGAGAAAUCCACUCUCAUCAUGUAGCUAGAAUUCUUCUUUAAAGCCUUUAUUUUAUUUUCACAUGUGCUUGAUUUAAAGUAAACAUCUGCCAUUGGGGAUGCUGAAUAUCCACCUUUUAGUUACCCUUUAAAUUAAGUGUCUCAAAUAGUUUUUUCUUUGGAGCAAACUAAACUUAGAUUCAUUGAAAUCAGCUGAUUAUUAGACACCCUGAAUUUCAUUGUCAUUGGAAAAUAUGUGAAAUAGUUCUUGAAAUUCAAAGGUAUGUUUAAUAAUGUGUAUGUGUUUAGUAUGUAAUGCUGCAUUAUUCAGACUAGAUUUUUUUUAUUUUGUAAGUUAAUUUGAUUGUAGGUGCAGAAGAAAUACAAACAUUUUUGUGUUUAUAAUAAUUGUGGAAAUGUAAAAGGGACACAAUCAACCCAAAUCUCAUCAUGCUUCAUAAAUAAGACAAUUUGUUCAGAUUUACUUUGUGUUCAGCUGUGUGAGUGAAGACAUAGCGAAUGGUUGGGCCUUUCUCUAUCAGGGUGAUUAAUGACAGAAGGUUGUCUUUUCCUUAGGUUGUAAGUUGUUGGGUACUUGUGAUGAAUGACAGCAUUGUGAUGUAGAGUCAAAACAUCUUGGGGGACAUUCUGCCCUAACCAGACACUUUCUGUUAGUCUUGACCCAAGCACAUCCAUUUCUCUUAAUUCUUGGAGUUUAGUUGACUGUGUCACCUUUAACAAUUCUUCUUUAUAAUCAAGUUGUGUUUGUCUAAUAUACAAAGUUAGGAAAGACACAAUUUGAAGUACCUUCUUUAUCAUGCAUUUACAUUAGAGCCUACAUCAAUUUCUUCUGGUCCCACCUUCCCCUAUGACAGGGAAGAGAAAAAAAGAGGUAAUUAUCAUAAGGAGAAGAAAGACAAUGCAUCAUUCUUGUAGUGUAGUGGAUUCAUCAAGGCUUAAACCAUGAAUGUGUAAGUGAAUGAUCGAUCCUAGAGAUUAUAAGAAAUGCAUUCAUUUUGAUAUAUGAAAGUUUGGGUGAACUCUAAUGAAAUUAACACAGCUUUAGUGUAGAGCAAAGAGUAUUUGAGAAAGCCUGACACAAGAGCGAACUUGUUUUUAAACUGUCCUUGUCGUUCAUUUAUAUUUGGUAAGCAACACAGUAUUUCCCUAGCAGUCCUAGGUUCAAACUUUUGCAGUGAAUAAGAGUAAUAAUAAAGUGAAGCCCUCAAGCACCCCUGUACAGAUGGUGUGAGGAUCCAGGAUGCGCUGUGAGUUAAGAAGUGUUCGUGGAGAGUUGGACAGACUGUACAAUCAUAGCGUCCAGUUAUUUUUGAUGUUGGGAUAUUUUUAUGGACAUCUAUCACAUUCUUAUUUUCAUUGGCUUUCUGCAACUCUCCCCUUCCAAAUCAAGAACUGCUCCAGCUUAGAAGGAAUGUGGGAUACUAUCAGUUCUUUUCUCUUGGAGAGCAGGAGUUGUUAGACAAAGAGCAGUAUUAAGCAAGAUCUUAUUUUGCAAAUGGCACCCCUAGGUUUAUAGGAAUCAGGACAGCUAAGGAAGUGCUGAGGUGGAUCAUCUUCUACUUCCUACUGCAAGUUGGGCAGUUAACUUUCCCCUGGUGAAAUACAAGAUUCAAAGCCUCAGACUGAUGCAUUCUGUGGCCUGGCACAGAGCCGAGAUCUGUAUUUCAUCAUGCAAGCCUCACGGAGUAUUUCUGUAUGUAGAUAGGUAAGGGAGAAGGAAAAUCCUUAGCAAUGAAGGGGAAAAUGAUUUAAAGCCUUCAAUUUUGCCAUGCCAUCUCAACUUCCUACUCAAAAAUUUUGUCCUGAAUCUCCCUGAGAGAUCAUUCUGAGCCCCACACUCCUUCUUUGAGCUCACUGUCUUAUGACUUAGGGGUCCUGUCCACACAGAAUGUUGGAACAUACCCUUCCCAACCCUCCUACCUAUUCACUUCACCCUAUGCUGACUGGGGUCUGGUCCAGGUCUAGCUCAGGUCUGGCCCAUUCUCAGUUUCCCAGUUGUAAUCCUUUUCCCCUUCCUGCCCAUUUUGGGCUUGCUUAGCCCAGUGUAUGUGCCAUAAGAAGACAAAUGGUUUCCAAGUAAAUGUUUAACAUAUCCUUUUCUAAAUAUGACAUUUAUGAUAUUUCUGUUUUUUUUAGAUAUUCUAAUAUAUGUGAAACUGUUGUGACCCUCCUGUGACAUUUUAAUAAGAUUUUAUGAAUAGAAAUGUUAUAUUUACAUUAAAUAUGGCCAAAUCCACUUAGCCCUUGAACAGAAAAAUUCAGUCCUUGCAUCAGUGCUUUGGCAUCAUGUGUUACAUACUUGAUCUUCACUGCUUCUUAGGUCUCUUUUUAGGAACCAGUGAGUCAUUGAGGAAGAAACACAGCCAGCACUUGCCCUUUACCUUUGCUCAUAUACAGAGGCAGAUGUGAAGGAGCAUUUGAUUAUUUUCUAGAAAAUAUUAAGUCUGAGGUAGCCUGGGAAAAUAGAGUAAAUGGAAAUUCAGUAGUGUUUUCCAAUUGAGAGUAAAUUACAGACUCCAGGGCAGGAACUUCCUUAGCAGAGUCUGAGUUACCCUGCUUCCAGGAAGAGAACUGUUGUUACCCUUCUCAGUGGGCACACAGAGUAGAUGCUUCAUCUCCUUAGCUAAGCCCUAAAGUAGAGGUGCCAAAAUACCCUGGGAAUGUCUGAGUCCCUGUACUUUCUGGGAUAAAUAGAAGCCAAGAAUGCUGGAAUGCUUGUAGGACAGCUUAGCUGUAGGAGAUUUGCAGCCUAUUUUCGGGAAAACCAAGAAUCCCAUUCAUGUUGGGUGAGAUUUGGGUUGUUUAUUCUCAAAGGGAAGUGUAUUAUUAUGAAAAUUAGGGCACGCCCAAUCAUUUGUGAAAACACUGAUAAAUAUUUUUAAUGUACUAAAUAGCUACUUAACAAUGAUUUGCAAAUAAUCUGCUCUGCCAGUACAGAAAGCACCACAUUUUUUGUUGUUUCUACAAGUACAAUACUAUAAUGCACUUAACUUUGUCAAUACACAAGUUGUCUAAGAGGCAUUUUUCUGGAUCAAGGUUAUUGGCUUUCUGAUAUUUUCAGACUUCCAGCAAAACACAGCAAUAAACAAUAAAAUCAUUCUUCACAGAUUAUAGUUUAGGAAAUCAAAUCUCCUGUAGUUCUUAUUUGGUUUGGGGAAUAAAAUUGUUCCUAAAUCACACCCAAAUGUAACUUGCUUCUCCCACUUUGAUGACUCUCCACCUCUUAUGUAUCUUCUUUUGACCUCGUUUUUGUUCUUUUGCAAAACUCUCCAAAGCCAAAAAUAAAGGCCUGAACUGAAACACAGUUUCUUUCACUGCUACAAUGGUCCCAUUCCCAUUAAGACUCCAUCCAUGCCUUUAAACUGGCAUUUGAGACCUUAUGGAAAAAAAUUUCAAGCAAGAACAAUGAAUAACAGGAUUUUUAGAGAUGCCUUUGUCAGGAAAGAUCAUUAAUUCACAAUCUGUGGUAACUGCUAGCCAAUGAGUGACAAGUGCAUAGUACAGUGCUCUGCACACAGUAAGUGCUCAAUAAACAUGAUUGAAUGAAAGUGUCUUCUAUUUCUGGCCCACAGCAUAACUAAACUGAUCAGAUUUUAGUGAUUUAGGAAUUGCUUAAGGUAUGGAAUUGCUACAACCCAAUCUGCAUUUCUCUGAAUUUCCCUGGAAAAUAUGAGCCAUCUUGAAUCCAUUUCUUUAUUCUCUGUUAAGCCAUGUUACUUCUUAAUGACCUAAUUUGGAAAAUGGAUGCUUGGGCAAAUGCUUCUUGAGUCUUACUUGCAAUUCAGCAUUUGGAGUUCUUCAAAUAAGUGGAUCACUUGAACAUUUUACUUUUUGGCAAGCUCCUUGUCCUCUUCUGUCCUUUCUGGGCCCUAGGUUUUAGGGUCUACAACACUGGUCCUGAGUUUUGCUUCCUCAUGUGGGAGGGUAGAAAGAAGAAUCCUUACUGAAAAGAAAAAAUAAAAAACAGUGUGCAGGCAUUUAGGGCUCAGAGAAUCAUUAUUUGGUAAUUGGGGAGAGGGAAACCUAAACCUUUUCCUGCCCCACAGCUUGCAGUGGCCUCUAUGGGAUUUAUGUGCUGAAAGCAAUAUUACAUGCCUUAUUGCUAAGCACAAUACCACUGGGGCUGACCACACAGAGAAAGUCUCUUUCUCUUGUAAGCAGAGAUGUCUAUGCUGUGUUCAUGUUUUAUGUGAGUCCUCUCUUCUUUCUAUGUGGGAUGAAUCACAAGUAAAUGCUUAUCCUUUUGGCCAUCUUCUGUAAGGAAAGAAAAAUCCAAUAUAUCUCACUUUUAGGUUUUUUAGAAUUUGAUUAAGGCAUGGCUGUGUUGUUCCUUGGAGCUGGCAUUAGGUCUCAGGUGGGGACCACUUCUGGAUGAGUCCUUUGCAAGGUGAACGUCCUUUAAACUCAUUUUACAAAUAGCAGAGUCAUAUUCAUUCAUUCAUUCAAUCGUAUUUAUUGAGCGCUUACUGUGUGCAGAGCACUGUACUAAGCACUUGAGUGGCUCUGGGCAAAUUGCACAACCAUUUUGAGAUCUGUGCUCUUCCACUUCACCUGCAUUACUGCAUCAUUCUUGCUAUAGCAACACAAUGCAGAGCUGCUCAGAAUGCCCAAAUUAGGGAGUUUUCUCAAAAGAGCAUUAAUUGCUAAUCUGGUUGGGGAUUGCAGGAGCCAUUUGCAGAGAGAAUAAACAACACUUGGGUAAAACUUUGUGCAGAAUUUACACCACUUUAUUUUAAAUUAUUUGUAAAUAACUUUUCUUUUUCUCCUUUUUUUCUUGUGUCUAUAUAUAUAUAUAUAUAUAUAUAUAUAUAUAUAUAUAUAUAUAUAUCUCGACACAAGAACAAACAUACAUACCUAUGGACCUAAAUACAUAUACCUAUAUUUGCACAUUUAAACAGAGGUAUCUCUAGCUGUCAGGAUAGAUACAUCCAUGUCUUCAAAGAACUGUGAAUAGUUGUGUUAAAUCAAAUCUCUUAACUUGCUCUUUACUGUGGGAUAUGUCUUGAUCUCACCCCAAAUCAAAUAAGUAGCAUUAAUAGGAUAGUAAUUGAACAUAGUGAUAGUUCAAAUUGCUUGAGUUUUGCAUAAUGAUAAUUACCUUUUGGCAACAGUUGCGAUUUCAUGAAACAAUAUUGUACUGUAAAGUAACGCCUUCCGCAUGUCCUUCCUGUUCAAAUGUACUAUUAUUUCUGCUAAAGCUGCAAUGGGAUAAUUGUUUUAGCUACCUUACUCUGUGUCUAAACUGCUAAGGAAUAUAGGUUAUAUUUCGAAGGACUAUAAAGACUAUGUUAGUAAAGGACUCUGGUAGAAGGAGUAGAAAGAGUAGAAGAAGGGUGAGGAGAGAAUCCCGUCCAUUUUCCCUACUUUUCUCUAGUGGAGGAGUCUUCAUAUCGAAGACUUUGCUUAUUAAGUGGCACGACUAAAACAUCGAAUAGCAAUAAGGCAGGAGGCAGAUGAAUUUUUAAUUAUAUCAAGGAUAUCUCUCUCAAGCAUGAAAUCUCUAAAGUUCUUGGUUGACCCUCAGCAUCAUUAUAACAUUAACAUUUUAAUCUUCCCUACAUAUUACCCUGCCUCUCCUCCUCUUCCUCCUCCUCCUUAACCCCUUUACCCACAUAUCUCCUUUCCUAGUAACAGUUUUGAGGACCUUGAAUCAGUCCUGUUCUGCUGAGGUAUUAAUGGUAAAACCAGCUAGGGGAAGUAGGCUGCAAUGAUGCUCAUUUCUAAAUAAAUCCCAGCCCAUGACAAGCUUCUCUUCCAGGAUUUGGUCUUUUAAAUCAUCCCUCAGGCUCCCUGUUUUCUCAGGAGAUAGAAACAUUGGAACAUAAUUUUGGGUUGCCACAGUUAUGAUUCCUAAUGGAUACAGUUGUGGUGCUGUGAAUCCUUCUAUGAGCACUCCAAGAAACACUGAGGGUGUGCUUCUAUGGGAGGGCAUACCCACUAAGAUAAGGAACACCACAAGCCAUCCAGAAAAGUGGCCUAUGAAGACAUUUUCUGAUUUUCUAUGAUACUGUCUCAGCUGCAUGAGAAGAAUUGCUCUUCAAAUCUUUAGUACUCUGAUUUUUUUUUAACUAACAGACAAUGAGUUCCAGAUUUUCUAAAAUAACUUUAAACUCCUCCAGGAAAAAAAACCAACAACAUUGCGUUUCUAGGUAACAUAAUAUAGCCCCGGCUGCCUGCUCGAGAUUUGUAUACAAGAGGAUACCUUCGCUGGGAUUUUUUUGUACUGUAUUUUAUAAUUUGUUUUCUAUGGCCAGGAAAGAAAGCUCACAAAAUGUGUUUAUAAUUUGAUUUUUCUGCCAGCAGUACAAUUCUAGGUUUCUCUUUAGGGCCUUAUAGUCUCAUGAGCAGUAAGUAGGCCAUUUUGGGAAGUGAGUUUUGAGUCAAAAUCCACAGAUUUCCAUUAGUCUUUUUCUAGUUUUUUCCCCCAAUGAUCCCCUGCACUAUCAGGCAAUUUGUACUCUUACUACAAAUUUUUAUUUAUAGAAUGCAUGGCAAUAUGUAUUUAUAUGUCUCAGAUAAUAUAUAGUCAUUACUAAUUUAACCUUUAUACUGAUUUUAUGAGUUUGAACCUAUUCUUCGGAAACCAUAAAGAACUACAGUGUAGACAGAAGGAAACUAUUUAGUAUAUGUAAUUUACAGACACAGAUAUAUUCUUAUAGUAUUUUCUAUAUGACCUCAAACAAUAGGGAAAUAAUUCUACCUAGAGCAAAACACUUUUUAUAGGAUUUUUAAAACAAUGACAUUUUUCUGUAACAUAAAGCAGCAUUUGAGAAAUUUCAGAAUAAAGUACUUAAUGAAGCAAAGAACAAAACUACCAACAGGAAAAAAGAAUUCUGUAGAAAACCUAAUAUCAUGACAAAAUAGCUAUUCUUUUAGACUGACUGUCUCUAGCCUAGGAGAAUUCUGAUCCCUAUUUUUAGCACUGAAUCCAGUCAUCCAUUGCUAAGAGUGUAACUUUGCCUUUAUAUAUGUGAUCAACGUAAUAGAAGUGGAAUUGUUUUUACUGAGAAGCACAUAUCAGAACUCCCCCCUCCCCGUACUUUCAAAACUGUCUAUAAGGAAAACAAACUGCAUAGCUGUGUUUAGGGAAAUAAAAAUGAAAAGGGAGAUAUAAAUGGGGGAAAAAUGAUGGGAAGGGGUGGGUUCUUGUGGUUAAUUCCUGUUUAGAAAAUACCUGUUGAGCCUCACCAUAUUUAAGCACAUUUAGAAAGAAAAUUGAAAUGAGUGCUAGAAUACACAAGAUAAAAACUGGGUCAUAACAAAUUCCAUUAUGGGAAAGUAACUCUCCUCUCCCAGUGGGAUUUAUCCAGAAGCACUUUGGGGUAAAAUCUAACCCUGUGUUGUGAAAUACUCUUUAUUCCACAAAUUGUAAAUUUAUCACAAACUGUGAAGUAGACCCUUUGAGGAAAGUGGAUUUUGUUAUCCCAACAGACACACUUUUUGAACUUGAUUAUAGGGCCAGUGUUUUAGGCAGUUAUUUGUCAGUGAGAUAUUCAGAAGUUUCCUUAAGAUACAUGAACACUGAGGUUUUCUUUAAAUGUACUUAACUUUGAAGCUGAAAUAUCAGGUAUUCUCUUAACUGAUGUUGACCACAUAUUUUUUUCUCUGUGUACUGAUAACUGUCAAAGUAUGAAGUUCUUAAGUUUUUACUUUGUUUCAGCAUGAAGAACAGUGCCUCUUCGCACUUUGUGUAGAUAAUGUAGGUAUCUAUGUGUAAUUUCAGUGAAAUGGUGUAUAGAUGUAUUUUAAUUUAAUUUAAUAAUUUUUAUUUCUUUGGCUGUGAACUGAAUGGAGUAGAUGUUUGUAUUUUGAAAACACUUUUAGGUGUGCUACUAUAAAUCUCUCUCAGUAGUGUAAAUUUUCUAUGUAUGUAAACAUAUAGAUAAAUAUCUUGCCUGUACUCACAAUUUUCAAAAUUAAAUAUGCAGCCAAGAUGUUUGUAAAUACUUAAUAAGGAGCUACCUAACCAGCAUUGUCCAUGUGGAUGGAUGGAGUGUGUGGGUGUGCACCUGUCAAGUUUCCUUGUUCUUAGUGAAAAGCACCACAAUACUCACCUAAUGCACUGUUAAGUGCAACUGUGGCACUUAUACUACCAUGAGCAUUAAUUACUUGUAGAACAAUGACAUUAAUCUAGAUGUCUUGUUCACUUGGCGUGUUUGACUUGUAGUGACGUGAGGUUAGUCAGUUACCAGGUAAAUUAGCACAAGGGUCAUAAGGAAAAAUUCAACCUGGCUCUGAGGUGAUUGAACUUGAAGCGCGAUGCUCACUUCUCAGAGAUUUACAGGCCACCUGGCUCUCUGGACUGCCUCAAGUCACCAGCUAGUGGCAGGGUGAAAGGAAGUCGCUGAUUCCUGGAUCUAUGACUAAAGCCUUCCUUGUAACCCAGGCCUCAAAAAGCACAUCUUUGCCAUGUCCUCCCAAAGCCUGACACUGCAGCAGUUUCCACGUACAAAUCAGCUGGGGGGGAGGGGGGGCGGUGGGGAGAAGGUGGAAACAGAAGCACAGAGAGUCCAGAAUGCUGCUUUGGUGUAAGAAUGGAGAAGAAUGAAGCACAAAACCAAGAAUGAUAGUAUUGUGAAAAGGCAAAAAAUAUUUUUGGUGGUGAAAAUCUUGCUUUGCCUAUUUACAACUCCCAAUAUCUAUUUGCCUCUGGAAAUAUGCACUCUUUAUAUUUUCAUUGAAUUAGAUACUGUGAGAACUAUACUACCUAUAGGAAUUGAUAAAAAGGCGGUUUCCGUUCAGAAAGACUAACCGUUAGAGGGUGAGAUUGAGGACCCUUUAAUUACACUGAAGUGGAAUUUAAGAGCUCUCCAGGGGCGUUUUUAAGCUAUCGCUGCUCCUUCUCCAGUUUCUGCCAAAUUCUUGGGUGGGAAUGGUCACCCUCCAGAGCCAAUUGUUUUGGUGAGAUCUUUUCAGGGAGCUUUCUUGUACAAGCAGAAAAAAAAUUGAGAUUGAUCUUUUCCUUAGAUUCAAAAUAUCUAUCGAUGAUAUGAAGUGAUGUACUGUACAGUAUUUGUAGCACUUGAUGUUUAAAGACAAAUGAAUGCAGAAAAUAAAACUUCAACUAACUCUGAGGUUCUUUUCUUGUAUAUUGUUGUAGGAAAUGCCUUCUUGACUAACUGUCCCUUUUAGUAAUUUAUAUAUUCACUUUAUUAUAGUUGUUUGUUUUCAAAUUUUCUCUUACUAUGUGGACUGAUUUGUGUAACUUCUAUAAAACCUGACAUUCUUUGUAUACUGAAAAUAAUCAGUGAAUCCAAUAUUUCACUAAAUGUUGUAUCUUUCAUGUAUAUAUCAUCAAUAAAUAUUGAUUCAUAAUUUU